UCUCUGCAACAGUAAACAAUAACAUGAGGACACAGACGGAGUUGUGUAACAUCUUCUAACAAACAGAACUCCUGUGGUUGUCAUUUGGACACACCGUCCUCUGUGGCUCCUUGUUUAAUCUGGAACACAUUUUACCCUCCGCGGUCAUGUUGUUCCUCCGGACGGCGGCUCUCAGCUGCAGAGCUCUGACCGCUCUGCGCUGCCUGCCUGUCGGCUUCACCGCCUUCAGAAGCACCGCUACAUACGUCCAGGGCCAGAGCCCUGAACCACGCAUCCGGGAAUACUUCUACUAUAUCGACCAUCAGGGACAGCUUUUCCUCGAUGACACUAAAGUGAAAAACUUUGUCACCUGCUUUAAAGACAAACAGUUCCUGGUCUUCUUCUUUAAUCGGCUGCGUUUCAAUCAGAGCGGGCGUUAUGAGGAGGACUUCCCCUUCCUAUCUCUGUGUGGCAGGGAGAGAAACUUUGUGCGCUGCGAUGACCGACCUGUGGUGUUCACCCACCUGCUGCAGAGCCCCACAGGGCCGCAGGGAAUCGUGGGAGAGCAAGAACUGCUGUCGUACUGCGGCGGUGCGGAAAAGCUCUCCGACCCGUUCCGCCCGGAAGCGCUGUUCAUGCAUCCUGUCAGCGGGCGAGUUUAUCACCCCUGCUCAGAGGGUUCAGGAGGGGUUGGCCUGGUCCGGUCGGCUCUGGCCAUCGAGCUCAGCCCGUUCUUUGUUUAUGAGCAUGAAGGUGGCCAAUCAGGACAGCCUACACACUUUCUCUGGAAAGGACAGAAGCACACACUGACCAAUGAGCUCGCAGGAUGCUUCCCCACAGCAGAGGAGGGCAGCGGGCAGCACGGAGAACUGGGAUAAUGUCCACAACAGGUCACUGGUGUAUGUUAUUCUGUGAAAUGCCCACAAUACACUAUCAGCUGCCAACUGGACUCCACUGUGUUAAGGCCUCACAGCUGUGAUCCCAGUCAGAUCCGUAGUGAUUUAAGCCUGAACAAUCAUGUCCUCCAGUCUCACGUGAGAAGUGAACCAUCAAAUUCACUAAUGAAUUGGGAGCAGUGUCUGCUUUUGUCAUCUUGCUUUAGGUGCAGCUCAGACAAAGAGUGAUUUUACCCUCAGAGUCAAUUUCAUUUACAUCCCAUUCAGGGUCAGGAAGAGGUAAAAUUAUCCAGAAUAUCAAAAGAUCUCUUCAAGGUGGAGUCUGAAAGAUUUACAUGUGGGUUAAUGUAUCAAAUGUACUAAAGAUGAGCAAGUACUUUUUUGAUACAUUAGGCACAAAUAGAUAUAUCUAAAAAGGUAUUGCUAUAUCUUAUAUUUAUAUAAAAAAAAUAACUACAGUUUCUUUAUUGCUAGGUUACAUAUCAGUUGCAGCAAAUACAUUAAAUACACAGAUUGAUAUGAUUGCAUUGAUAGAAAAUACAAAAUCUAACAGUAUUUAUUGAUAAAUGGUUCAUAACAUUACAAGCACUGGCUGCUGAAGUGUGUUUUGGUCACAUUUUGGAGUGAUAUUUGGGCUUGAAUAAAAAAAGAUUAACUUCAGUAUUUGCACUUUGUAAAGGUUUGCUACAUUUAUUUGAUACCUGUUGUAUUGAAUUAGCAGAUGAAGAGGAACACUGUAGUUAAAGUAUGAUGCUGUUAUGAUUGAUGUAAUUUGAACUACAUGUUUACAAGUUGUAAUUGGCUUUAAACUGCUUCUAACAAACAGUGAGGGGUCUUUAAUUCUGAGAACUUCUGCUAAUGUACAGCCCUUGCUAGUCUUUACAUUGUACACUGAAAGAUCUUAAUGUGUCAUUAACCACUGGCCCUUCAUGGAUGACUUUCUCUGAAAAAUGGAAAGGGUAUCAUAGAGUUAAAACAAUGUAUCUUGUUCAAAGAUGAGUUAAAUUAAAGUGCAUGACUCGGAA